AGAUCUUUCAGUGUCGAUUCAGAGAGGGGGCAUCACUUCUGAUCAGGCUCAGUACAGGGUAGGUCAGUGGAACGGAGAGAGGGGAGAGAGCGAGAGAGAGAGAGAGGGAGAGAGGGUGCCCCAUCCAUGAACUAGCCCCUGGAGGAGUUGACUGCAAACUUAUGGCUGUAUGAAAAAUAACGUUAUUUUCUCCUUUCUCUGGGAUCUUGGCUACCAGUUCUCUCCUGAUCAGAAGUUGUCACACUUAUUUUUAAUUUCUUAAAUUAAGCCACAUUUUCUGUGGACAUCAUUGGUGGUCAUGGAUACCCAUAUAAGAUGGAAAAUAAAACGGCGGAUAAGGGACUUGCACCUUACUUUAGCAAUAAUUCUUCUCUUUGUAACUUCGCAAGCAAGUUCAGUGGAACCCGCAGAUCUCUUGAAGAUAUUAGAUUUUCAAAAUUUACCUGAAGGCGUAACAAAGACGACAGGUUUUUGUACGCACCGGAAGUCCACAAAAGGACCAGAUGUGGCAUAUAAAGUAUCCAAAGACGCCCAGCUCAGCGCACCUACUAAACAGCUGUACCCUUCUACGGCCUUUCCGGAGGACUUCUCCAUUCUGACCACAGUGAGGCCAAAGAAAGGCAGCCAGUCCUUUUUGAUGUCCAUCUACAAUGAGCAGGGAAUCCAGCAACUCGGCAUGGAGGUGGGCCGCUCGCCAAUCUUCAUGUAUGAGGAUCACAUGGGCAAACCUGGCCCCGAGGACUACCCGCUCUUCAGAGGGGUCAACCUGGCUGAUGGAAAGUGGCAUCGAGUGGCUAUUAGUGUGCAUAAGCAAACCAUCACAAUGAUAUUGGACUGUAAAAAGCAGACCAAGAAGACCCUGGCUAGAAGUCCACAUCCCAUCAUUGAUACCAAAGGCAUUGUGGUUUUUGGAACUAGGAUACUUGAUGAAGAAGUCUUUGAGGGAGACAUCCAGCAGCUGAUGAUCGUAGCAGACCACCGGGCAGCCUAUGACUACUGUGAACACUACAGCCCUGACUGUGAGGUACCCAUCCCAGAUGCCCCUCAGAACCAAGACCCAAAUGCCGAUGAAUACAACCCAGAGGAAGAUAGCUAUUACUAUGAAUACCCUUACUAUGAGGACAUGGAUUCCAAGCCCCAUGAGUCAUCCCCAGCUCCAGAUGAGGUUGCAGGACCCAUCACUGAGGGUGACAAGGUUGACGUAUUGGGCAAUGGCAAGGUGACAACAGUGGAGAAGGUUGUGACCUCGGUGACGGAGACUGCCACUGGGGAAGGCCCCUCGGAGGACUCCUACACUGAGGAGACCAGCCCUUAUGAAAGCUACGACAACUAUGGGAACUACGAAACCUACUACGAUGAAUCCACGGCAAAGCCUGACUCCUCUCGACGGGUGACCAUCACUGGCAGCGUGGACCAUGGUACCGUGACUGGUGCUGAGGUGGACCUGGGACUUGGGGGAAGGAUUAAUCUGGGCACCGGAGUGGACCUGGACAAGAAGAUCACCACAGGCAGCUCGACUAUCACCAUGACAGGGAACGUUACCCGCGUUGGAGGUGACGACCACUAUGGCGAGGGCUACGAGUACGGAGAGGACUACCGAAUUGACCAUGGAGCCGGUGGCGGCAGCAGUUCCUCGAGUUCUGGUGGUUCUGUGAGCGUCGGUGGUGGCUCUGUGAGCGUUGGAGGUGGCUCUGUGAGCGUCGGUGGUGGCUCUGUGAGCGUUGGCGGUGGUUCUGUGAGUGUCGGCUCUGCAGGCACUGGGGGAGGAUCCGCGAGUGCUGGGGCUGGUGCUGGUGCCGGUGUCGGUGUCGGUGUCGGUGCUGGUGCUGGUGCUGGUGCUGGUGCUGGUGCUGGUGCUGGUGCUGGUGCUGGAGGCACAGCGGGUGGCGUGGAGGGUGAAGCAGAUUAUACAGAUCUCGAUGGGUUCAAGGAGGAAUCCUUUGAUGAUGACGAUAUGACGAUAAAGGACAUCUAUGACUACACAGAUGUGGACUACGGCGAUGGAGAGUUACCAGCAGUGCAGAAUGAGUACGAACAGGUUGGCGGAGCCAGGGGAGAGAAGGGGCAGAAAGGAGAGCCUGCUGUCAUUGAACCUGGAAUGCUGGUGGAGGGUCCGCCGGGUCCUGAAGGCCCUACCGGUCUCCCUGGGCCCCCAGGUACGUCUGGAUCCCCAGGCAUUGCUGGAGAUCCUGGAGAUAGGGGCCCUCCUGGUCGUGCAGGCCUGCCCGGUGCUGAUGGCCUGCCAGGCCCCCCAGGGACUGUCUUAAUGAUGCCUUUCCGCUUCAGUGCAGGAGGGGACUCAGGACAGAAGGGGCCUGCUGUGUCAGCUCAGCAGGCCCAGAUGCAAGCCCUCAUGCAGCAGGCCAGGCUGGCUCUUAGGGGUCCUACAGGACCAAUGGGUUUGACUGGGAGGCCCGGGCCUUUGGGUUCUCCAGGUAUUUCUGGACUGAAGGGAGAGUCUGGGGAGAGUGGUCCACAGGGACCUCGUGGCCCUAUGGGGUCCCCUGGGCCUACAGGGAAACCAGGAAGACGGGGUCGGGCUGGGGCAGAUGGAGCCAGAGGAAUGCCAGGACUGACAGGAACAAAGGGUGAUAGAGGGUUCGAUGGCCUUGCCGGAUUACCUGGUGAAAAGGGACACAGAGGCGAGGCAGGGCCACAGGGGCCUCCUGGACCAACAGGAGAGGAUGGUGAAAGAGGCGAUGAUGGUGAGGUCGGACCAAGGGGUCUGCCAGGCGAGCCUGGGCCUCGUGGUUUGCUAGGACCAAAGGGACCCCAAGGGCCUCCUGGAUCUCCUGGUGUAACUGGAAUGGACGGCCACCCUGGACCCAAAGGAAAUAUUGGUCCUCAAGGAGAGCCUGGACCUCCUGGACAGCAGGGGAACCCAGGAGCUCAGGGUCUGCCAGGGCCUCAAGGAGCCAUUGGUCCUCCAGGAGAGAAGGGUCCGACCGGGAAGCCAGGCCUGUCGGGAAUGCCAGGAGCUGAUGGACCGCCGGGUCACCCAGGAAAAGAGGGACCAUCUGGUGAAAAGGGAAAUUUUGGACCCGCUGGUCCUCAAGGCCCAAUUGGUUAUCCUGGACCCAGAGGCGUAAAGGGUGCUGAUGGAGUCCGUGGUCUGAAAGGAACCAAGGGUGAAAAGGGAGAAGAUGGCUUCCCUGGAUUCAAGGGGGAUAUGGGAAUUAAGGGUGACAGGGGAGAACUGGGACCUGCUGGACCCAGAGGCGAGGAUGGCCCUGAGGGUCCCAAAGGUCGGUCUGGGCUUCCUGGGGAUUCUGGUCCUCUUGGGCCUAAUGGCGAAAAGGGCAAGCUUGGUGUUCCAGGGCUGCCAGGUUACCCAGGUAGACAAGGUCCAAAGGGAUCUCAGGGAUUUCAAGGUUUUCCAGGAGCGAAUGGAGAAAAAGGAACACGAGGUACAGCUGGAAAGCCUGGGCCAAGAGGACAGAGGGGACCAACUGGUCCACGUGGAGAGAGGGGUCCAAGAGGUCCAACAGGAAAGGCGGGGCCUAAGGGUAACUCAGGAAGCGAUGGUCCUCCUGGACCACCAGGCGAAAGGGGUGUUCCAGGGCCUCAGGGUCCAACUGGAUUCCCUGGACCAAAGGGCCCACCUGGCCCAGCUGGAAAAGAUGGACUUCCUGGACACCCUGGGCAGAGAGGUGAAACUGGCUUCCAAGGCAAGACUGGACCUCCUGGACCACCAGGUGUUGUUGGACCUCAGGGCCCAACAGGUGAAACUGGACCAAUGGGAGACCGGGGCCACCCAGGACCUCUUGGGCCCCCUGGUGAGCAGGGCCUUCCGGGAGCUACAGGGAAAGAGGGGGCCAAGGGUGACCCGGGUCCCGCUGGCCCUGCUGGUAAAGAUGGCCCACCUGGUUUGAGAGGAUUCCCUGGAGAACGAGGCCUGCCUGGUCCAGUAGGGGCACCUGGUUUGAAAGGAAAUGAAGGUCCCAACGGCCCUCCUGGACCUGCGGGUUCUCCUGGUGAACGAGGUCCUGCCGGCCCAGCUGGACCCACCGGACUUCCAGGACGCCCUGGACCCCAGGGCCCCCCAGGCCCCGCUGGAGAGAAGGGUGGACCGGGUGAGAAAGGUCCACAAGGUCCUGCAGGAAGAGAUGGUGUCCAGGGUCCUGUCGGUCUUCCAGGCCCAGCCGGCCCUCUCGGACCCCCAGGAGAGGACGGAGAUAAGGGAGAGAUCGGUGAACCAGGGCAAAAGGGAAGCAAAGGGGACAAGGGAGAACAUGGUCCACCUGGUCCGACUGGUCCUCAAGGCCCAAUUGGACAGCCUGGUCCUGCUGGUGCUGAUGGGGAGCCUGGACCUCGAGGACAGCAGGGGCUCUUUGGGCAGAAAGGUGAUGAAGGACCCAGAGGGUUCCCUGGACCUCCUGGCCCAGUUGGGCUGCAGGGUUUGCCUGGGCCUUCAGGUGAGAAAGGAGAAACCGGAGACGUUGGCCAAAUGGGCCCCCCUGGUCCCCCUGGCCCAAGAGGUCCCUCUGGUGCCCCUGGAGCAGAUGGCCCUCAAGGCCCCCCAGGUGGCAUCGGCAACCCUGGAGCUGUGGGAGAGAAGGGUGAAUCUGGUGAAACCGGAGAGCCUGGUCUUCAAGGAGAUGUCGGCCCACCAGGUGCCAGAGGUGAACGGGGAGAGAAGGGUGAAGCCGGUCCCGCUGGUUCUGCUGGCCCUCCUGGUCCAAAAGGUCCUCCUGGAGAUGAUGGUCCUAAGGGCAGCCCUGGUCCAAGCGGUUUCCCUGGUGACCCUGGUCCUCCUGGAGAGCCUGGACAGCCUGGUCAAGAUGGUCCUGCUGGUGACAAGGGAGAUGAUGGAGAGGCUGGUCAACCUGGUUCUCCUGGACCUACUGGUGAGUCCGGACCUUCUGGCCCACCUGGAAAGAGAGGACCCCCUGGGGCUGCUGGACCUGAAGGAAGACAAGGAGAAAAAGGAGGCAAGGGUGAGCCAGGUCUGGAGGGCCCACAAGGCAAGACAGGUCCUGUGGGUCCACAAGGUGCUCCAGGCAAGCCAGGUUCUGAAGGCCUCCGGGGAAUCCCUGGUCCAGUUGGUGAACAAGGCCUCCCUGGGCCACCUGGCCCUGAUGGACCUCCUGGACCUAUGGGUCCACCGGGUUUACCUGGUUUGAAAGGUGACACUGGUCUUAAAGGAGAAAAGGGCCACCCUGGUCUGAUUGGUCUGAUUGGACCCCCGGGCGAGCAGGGAGAGAAGGGUGACAGAGGUCUUCCAGGCCCGCAGGGGUCAUCAGGUCCCAAAGGCGACACUGGUAUUGCUGGCCCCUCUGGUCCACUUGGUCCCAUUGGUCCCCCAGGUUUGCCGGGUCCCCCUGGUCCUAAGGGUGCAAAGGGCUCGUCGGGUCAGACUGGUCCAAAGGGUGAGUCUGGUGUUCCUGGACCUCCUGGACCUCCAGGACCUCCAGGUGAUGUCAUCCACCCCCUGCCCAUUCAGUCCAGUCCCAAGAGGAGCAGGAGGAACAUCGAUGCCAGCCAGCUGAUGGACGAUGAGGCCAACCCUGAAAACUACAAGGACUAUGACGAUGGCAUGGAAGAGAUAUUUGGCUCACUCAACUCCCUCAAACUGGAGAUCGAGCAAAUGAAGCACCCACUAGGCACCCAAGCCAACCCUGCCCGUACCUGCAAGGAUCUGCAGCUGUGUCACCCAGACUUCCCUGAUGGUGAAUACUGGAUUGAUCCUAACCAGGGUUGCUCUCGUGACUCCUUCAAAGUUUACUGUAACUUCACAGCUGGAGGAGAGAGCUGCAUCUACCCAGACAAGAAGUCAGAAGGAGCUAGGCUCACUUCCUGGGCAAAGGAGAUUCCCGGGUCCUGGUUCAGUGAAUUCAAACGUGGUAAACUGCUUUCCUACAUGGACUCGGAGGGCAACCCGAUCGGUGUGGUCCAGAUGACCUUCCUGCGUCUGCUGAGCGCAUCUGCCCGACAGAACCUCACCUACAACUGCUACCAGUCAGUGGCCUGGCACGACUCAGAAGGGGACUCCUACGACAAGGCCAUCCGCUUCCUGGGCUCUAACGAUGAGGAGAUGUCCUAUGACAAUAAUCCCUACAUCCGCGCCGUGGUAGACGGCUGUGCGUUGAAAAAGGGCUAUGAAAAGACUGUACUUGAGAUCAACACACCAAAGGUGGAACAAGUGCCUUUUGUUGACAUCAUGUUCAACGAUUUUGGCGGAGCCUCUCAGAAGUUUGGAUUUGAAGUGGGGCCUGUCUGCUUCAUUGGUUGAGACUGUUUACUGAGAAAUAUAAUAAUUAACUCGAACAAAACACACAGCAAAAAUAUAUAUAUAAAACAUCACAUCUGUAAAAUGUUGUGUCUCCAAAAAGAAAAAAAAACAAGGAAACAAAUAAUUCAAUAAAAGAAUAAAAAAAACAACUUUGUAACCUCAGUGUACCUUCUCCAUCACAUGCAGGUUUUGAAACUGGAUGAGCCAGUUGUUUGCUACCAUUCCGCACUAGCCACCAUGCACCCACCCGCCCCAUGUCUCUCUCUCUCUGCCUCUAAGUAACAGCACUCUUGCUAGAAGUAAUGUCGUAUUGUGCCCAUUGCCUUGAGACAAACUUGGGAUUCUAACACGUUAAAAAGGCAGGACUUACCAUGGCCUCCACCUUAAAUGGCAGUUGUUUUUUUCCUUUGUCGAGUUCAUCCUUCAAGCUUCAUUUUGUGCAUAUUGUCAACCCAUUCCCUGGAAUGGUGCUUAUAUAUAUAUAUAAAUAUAUUUUUUGUAUGUUUGUAAGUACGUUUUGUAUAUUUUUUCCUGGUAUUGUUUAUUGAUUCCGGCUUCAAAACAUGCAUGUGACAUUUAUAUUGUAAGGAUGGAGAUGAUAAUUAUUUGAAUAAAAUAAGAAAUAUGCACAGAAAUUAAUUGGAUGUGAAAAAGUUAUAGUCCUGUUGUGCUACAGGUGUUAAGCACAUCUUAUUUGUAAUUUAAAAAAAACAAAUAAUAAUAAAAGACAAAAAAGCACACAGCGCUAUCAUGUGAGCAUUAAUUUUCAAAGAAAAAAUUGUUUUUCACAAAAAGGACUUUUGUCUUUAUGUCUACCGCCCUCUUUAAAAUGGCUGUUGUAAACUUGCUUACGUAUAGUUGCAGAUGAAUAAUUUAAGGUGGUUAAGGCUUUCUCAUUUUUCAAUACUUCCAUAUUUGUUCUAUAAAAAUAUAUGCAAUGGGAGAUUAUAUAUGGGAGGGAUAUCACAUUAUUAUGGAAUAAAUAAGACACAUAGGUGCUAUUUUGAAUUCCGUCUGUGGUGCUAUGUUUUGUUUUUUAUUUUUCACUUUUUUAAUGUAAAGAAAAACACUGGUGAUGUCCAGCCAUUACCAUGUCUCCCAAAACAUUCUUAGCUCUCACCUCCUUCACAAAAAGGUUAUCCUUGCUGAAGUUGUUGGGAAUUAUUGUUAUGCAUGACAUUUUUUUUUCAUACUCAUACAUAGGAACCAUAUUUCUUUGUUGUUUCAGCUAGUAUGGCCCAUGUAGAAACAAAACCUCUGAAAUAACUGUAAUAUUAGGUUUGCAAUAAUGGCAGAUUCUAAUUGUUUGCUAAAUGUGGUGCUAAUUUAUAUAUUCCAUCCUCGGAUGCAGACAUCUGGGAAAAAGUAAAAAAUUGCAAUUUGUUUGCAUGGUGGCUUCUGGAAAUGGUGCAUUUUGUAAAUGGAUCUCAGCGAGCAGAAUAUGUGCAAUGGACUCUCUCCCCGCAAUUAUCCGCCACAAAGGCUUACACUUAGCUUUUCAAAUAUUUGAGAAAACGCCUUUUGGAGCUUUUCUGUUUUUGUGGCAAUAAACCUCUAUGAGAAUCCCAAAGUGAUUUGUGGAAAACCUACGGUUUUACAGUGUAUGUAUCAGAAAUCCUAGAUUCUCUACCAAGCUUUCCAAUAUCUUAGUUUGCCCCUGUUGACAAACUUGAAAACAAAGAAGGCUUGUGGUCCAUUGGUAUUUAAAAAGGACUGCAGACUGUCUUCAUGUGAGGAUCAGUUUCAUUCUCUAUUAUUUCCUUUCUCAAAAAAAAAAAUGCAUUUAUGUGACUUGAAAAGACUAGGAUUCCCCAGUUGAUCAUUCUGUCAUUACAUGGCCAACAUGAUUCCUCUAUUGCCUAAAAUUUCUUUCUUUGACACCCCCCCCCCACGCACACACACACACUCUCGCUAUAGUGCACUCUGAGUUCAAGUAGCACUCUUUUCUCUGAACUUAUUGACCACUCAGCAUCUACCACAUGCAAAUGAUUUACUGUCCUUCAUUGAUAACUUGUUUUUUUUUAUUUUUUAUCUGUGACUUGAACCAUUUUUGUAAUUAAAAUACACUUACAGAGCAUGGAUUUUGGUGCAGCGGGCCCAGUUUUAAGUAUUGCUGUCAACAAAGCAUUCUUGUAAAAUAAAAAAUUGAACCAGCAGAAAUGCUGCCAAUAAAGUUUUUGUUUUGUUUAUUUUGUUUGUGCGUUUUAAGGUCUUGUCAAACCUGUGUAAGAAAGGACAGAAGAUAUAUUGGUGUUUAUGUCAAUAAAUUCAAGUUUACUGUGCCCUUCCACUCCUUUGAGGUGUGUAUCUUGUAUGUCUUUUAAAGCAUUAAAACCUACCUGUAUGCAUGAA